AUGGCAACCAAUCAAGAAAUGGACGUUGAACAUCAAGUGAAUGAGGAAGAUAUUCAUGCACUCAGAAGCUGCUAUGAGGCGCUUCAAAACGAAACUCGUGUACUUAAAGAAUGUUGCGAAACACUUCGAAACGAAAUUAAUGAACUCAAAGGAUGUGUUGAAGUAUUCCGAAACGGAAGUCAUACAAUCAAAAAUUGCUGUGAAGGACUUCGAAACGAAAAUCAGAAACUCAAGGAUAGAGUAUGGCAACUCGAAAUACCAUUACGUAAUACUACUGAAAUCAAUAACAUUGAAGUUAAUGCAAAAUGGAUACAGAAUGGUAUUACCGUGGCGGGAGGACAUGGAUUUGGCAAUGGAUUGAAUCAACUCUGGGCUCCACACGGGUUUUCUGUGGAUGAAAAUCAUCAAACUAUAUAUAUCGCUGACAGUGACAAUCAUCGUAUUUUAGAAUGGAAUUAUAGUACAUUAAGUGGUCGAGUUGUUGCCGGCGGAAAUGGAAAAGGAAAUCGAAAGGAUCAAUUGGAUUUCCCAAGAAAUGUCAUUAUUGAUACAGAUAAUCUGAUUAUUUGCGAUUGGGGCAACCGUCGAGUGGUACGAUGGCCUCGUCGAGAUGGCACAGAGGGAGAAAUAAUCAUUUCGGAUAUUGAAUGCUUUGGUGGUUUGGCGAUAGAUGAAAGUAGAAAUCUUUACGUCGCUGACUUUCAAAAAAAUGAAGUUAAACGAUGGAAACAAGGAGACAUUCAAGGAACAGUAGUGGCAGGUGGUCAUGGCGAUGGUAAUGGUCUCAAUCAGCUCAAUGGUCCUACUUACAUAUUUGUCGAUCGAAAUCAUUCAAUCUACAUAUCGGACAAAGACAAUCAUCGUGUGAUGAUGUGGAAGGAGGGUGCACAAGAAGGUAUUAUCGUUGCUGGUGGUCGAGGUAAAGGAAAUGAUCUUACGCAAUUAAAAUAUCCCUAUGGAAUGGUCGUUGAUCAAUUGGGCACUGUCUAUGUGGCUGACUCUUGGAACAACCGAAUAAUACGUUGGUCCAAAGGAGCUGUAGAGGGUAGUAUCGUAGUUGGUGGAAAUGGUGAAGGAGAACAACCAAAUCAACUCAGUUAUCCCAUUGGUUUAUUAUUCGAUCGACAGGGUCAUCUCUAUGUCGCCGAUCAUAACAAUCAUCGAAUAUUAAAAUUUCAAAUCGAUUCUUCAAAUUCAUCAUCAUAA